AAGAAAAAAGCAGUAGAGCGUGAUUUGAGCCGCGGUACAAAGGUUGCCCCUAUCCGUAUCCGGUCGCCUAAAUAUUUUCCUCCCUGUCGCCCUCCCUUUCCUCCACUCGCGCUUCGCUCUCAGAUCCCUUCUCCUCCGUCUCGCCCGCGUGUUGGGAUAGGAGCCAUGGCGGACCAGCUCACCGACGACCAGAUCGCCGAGUUCAAGGAGGCCUUCAGCCUCUUCGACAAGGAUGGAGACGGCUGCAUCACCACCAAGGAACUUGGAACUGUGAUGCGCUCGCUGGGGCAGAACCCCACUGAGGCAGAGCUUCAGGAUAUGAUCAAUGAAGUGGAUGCUGAUGGCAAUGGAACGAUUGACUUUCCUGAGUUCCUUAACCUGAUGGCACGUAAGAUGAAAGACACCGACUCCGAGGAGGAGCUUAAGGAGGCUUUCCGUGUGUUUGACAAGGACCAGAAUGGUUUCAUCUCGGCAGCUGAACUCCGCCAUGUCAUGACCAACCUUGGUGAGAAGCUGACAGACGAGGAGGUGGAUGAGAUGAUCCGUGAGGCUGAUGUCGAUGGUGAUGGCCAGAUCAAUUACGAAGAGUUUGUGAAGGUGAUGAUGGCCAAGUGAGCUGCCAUACUAAGCUAGUUCUAUCUCGAUGUUAGCAGCUAGUUUAGCCUUGAAAACUGACAGCACUUGGUACUACUGUUAAGUCCAGUGAAUGAACAUAUUGCUCGCUCUUCCUUUCUUCUCAGGGAUGUUGAGAAUUUCGUUUGGAUUUUCCUGCAGUUGUAUUACCUUUGUACAAUGUAGCUUUCUUUCCAAAUUGAGAUCAUGAAUUUGCUGUAGCUUAUGCCUUCAUGGUAUCAAGUUGCAUGGAUGUCUGA